CCUUCCAAGUCUUUUUUCUCUCUGUCCUCUUUGAACACCCUUAUGUUUACUUUCUCUCUCUCCUUCCUUGUACACUAGCAGCCUCUGUUCCUGUAAGUCUUAUCAAUGUCUGGUUUUGGGUUUCUGAACAUAAUCUCUCAAUGGGAUGCAUUGUGGAGACUGCCUGUGGAUUCCGGAUAAAUGUGAGUCUGCUGGCUUUGCCAGAGUUUUAUUUGUCACAUCAUUCAACAGGCUUGUUUUAUCUGUAGUGCACAGAACAAAAAACCACAAAGCCUUUACCCAGAAGAAAAAUCUAUUGCACAGAGUUGCUCGUUCAUAGCUCAGAAGACUUAAUGAAUCUCUCAGUUGGGUUUCAGGUAUUAUAAGAGAGAGUCUGCAUCUUCUCUCUGGCCAUCUUGGACAUUCCUGAUGACUACAAACUGGAGCAGUAAUAGAAACCUGUUAAACUUCAACAUCAGCAUCACAAAUAGUUUCCGUCAAGUUUUGAACACUAAAAAUAUGUGUAAAUGUAAUCCCACGAUAUCCGCUUUCUGUCACUAAUUGCCUUGGCCUUGUUUUAAAUGGCUGACAAGCAGAUCAGCCUGCCAGCUAAACUCAUUAAUGGAGGCAUUGCUGGAUUGAUUGGUGUCACUUGCGUGUUUCCAAUCGAUCUGGCAAAAACACGCCUCCAAAACCAGCAAAACGGAUCUCGCAUCUACAACAGCAUGUCUGACUGUCUGAUAAAAACCUUCCGAUCAGAAGGAUUCUGUGGGAUGUACAGAGGAGCUGCAGUUAAUCUGACUCUGGUAACUCCAGAGAAGGCCAUCAAACUGGCUGCCAAUGAUUUCUUCAGACACAAGCUCUCUGAGGAUGGACAGAAGUUGACGUUGGUUAGAGAAAUAUUAGCUGGCUGCGGUGCCGGUACCUGCCAAGUGAUUAUAACCACUCCUAUGGAGAUGCUAAAGAUCCAGUUGCAGGAUGCUGGCAGAAAAGAGGCCCAGAGGAAGCUCAUCGGCCAGCAUGCCGGAGGAGGCCGAGCCAAAGUGAAUGUUGUUCAGCUGAAGACACCCACGGCCCUCCAACUCUCCAGAGAUCUGCUGAAGGACAAAGGCAUCGCUGGUCUCUAUAAGGGACUGGGGGCCACUCUGUUACGGGAUGUGCCCUUUUCCAUGAUCUACUUCCCACUGUUUGCUAACCUGAAUAGCUUGGGCAGGAGGAACGCUGAUGGUUCAGCUCCGUGUCACAUCUCCUUCCUUGCUGGCUGUUUUGCAGGCUGUACUGCAGCCAUUGCAGUCAAUCCUGUGGACGUGGUAAAGACCAGGCUUCAGUCUUUGGCCCGUGGACAUCACGAGGACACUUACAGUGGAGUGAAAGACUGCAUCAGUAAGAUUCUCCAUCACGAGGGUCCCUCUGCGUUCCUGAAGGGUUCGUACUGUCGCGCGCUGGUCAUCGCGCCACUGUUCGGCAUCGCACAGGUGCUUUACUUCCUGGGAGCCGGUGAAUUUGUUCUCAGCCUCCUGCCUGGACAAAAACACUGAAUCUGUAGCUACUGUAUACGAUCUUGGAACAGCUGCUUGUAUCCUCAGACUGCAGUAAUAAUAACCAAAUGAUAAAUUGUUAUAUGUUUCAGCUGAGCAUUAAAGAGCAGUUUUCAUCAUCAGCACCAUCUAUCAGUACAGGAUUAUAGUAGCUCUGUUCCCUAAGCUACUGAGGUUUUGGAACAGAGCCGAUAUUUCCUUGCAUUAGAUGAUUAAGGCUGGUUUGAGUUGUUUGUAAGCCACACUUUGUUCGGUGCUUAAGCUGAAAUCGACAACUAAUUACUGCUAAAUUACACAAAUUAGAUCAUUAUAACAGCUGAGUUAAUUGAGUAGUUGUGUCAUACAUCAGAAAAGACAAUUUCAUCAAUCGGAAGACAAUUUGUAAGUUUUUAUAAAAAAAAAAAAGAAAACUUUUAUUC